AUGCCACUUUCCUUCUCGACAUCGGGCCUCGGGAACUACCAAAUUGGCUGGCUGGCUAUAGACAAGGGUGACAUGACGGAAUGGUGUAUAAUGUAUAUAUUGACGACAUGGGACUUUUCAAGUUCGUCCAAGUCGCAGACUUGA